AUGCCACGAUACGGUGUGCGACAACGUCCACCGCCUUUUCAACGGCCACGGCGUGGAUGCGAUUUUGUUCUUGAAGGCAUUCCCAUCCUGGAAUCGCCGGAUCUCUCCAGCGACGACGAAGUGAACAACAACCGUUUCCGUCCCCAACUCGGGUGGAGGCCUCCAGUACGCGCAUGUCCUCCACCCCCGCGGCGUGUGUUUCCGCAGCAUCGACCGAGGGCCCCAAUGGGAAUGCCAUUGCCUUGGCCACAGCCACAGCCACACCCGCAACGAAUUCGACGUCGAUUGCGAGAUCGGCCAGUACGGCAACGGCUGAGAGGAGGCCAUCGACAAGACAGAAAAUCUGCCAGCCACCAAAAGGAGAGAAGUGUGAUUCGGACUGAACAUCUGGUGGUAUCCUCUGAUGACGACCACAGUGAAGGCGUAAAAUGCUCCUUGUUUGUGCAUAACAAGGAGGGUUAUGUGGACGAUGAGGAUGAGGAGAGCGAUGAUGUCGAUGAUGAUAAUAUGGUUGAUACGGUUUCGGUAUUCAAGAGACGCUCAGCGCAUUCCUCGCGUGGGACUCAGUGCACUCAGCUCGCUACCACACUGUUGCCUGAGGCAGUGAAACCAUCGUUAUUCGUUUCGAAAGCCAGUUAUGUGGACACCGGCUCCGAAUAUUCAAGUGAGGGUGAGGAUGAGGAUGAGCUGCAGAAGAGGUUCGCCUCACAUUGGACCAGUACUUUACGCAAAAAGAGGUCCCCAUCAUGGGGGUAUGAGCAAGCGAGUUUCCUCGGCUCGGGGCAGCUGGUGGCGGAUGAAGUCCCAACAGCAAGUAAAAGCAGCAGGGGGGCAGAUACAGUAACGUCACGCAACGGAAAUUACAACAGUGCAUUUCAAAGCACGGAAAUGGUGGCAUCGACGCCCAAGACGCAUACGCUCUCAGAAGAGAGCACAUGGGUGCGCGACUCUGACAUCGAUGGCACACUACCCUCCAUCGCUCCUCGUGCGGUCUCACGGAGCAAGACGCGGGCCAGCACAGACAGGAACGCCAGCCGCUUCCCCACCAACGCCACGCUUGUUGAAUACCCCUCCCUCAUGAGGAUCGGUGAGGCGUACAACGAGAGCGAGGUGUCGCACGGCUCGAACGACGUGUGUGAUUCCUACUUCCUGCAUGGCACGUGGACUGGAAAGCGACACGGUCCGCUGGACAGCUUGCAGUUGCCGGGGGGGAACAAAGAGCAAAAAAAGGAAGAAAAUAAGAAGAACAGACCGGUCUCUCCCCUACGCCUGGCGACGAUGUUGAAGACGUCUGGGGAGGAUGGGCUCCGUGCGGGGGUAUAUGACAAGCUGAAGUCGCUGAAGGACACUUGCGUCACUGAGAGGCCGGCGGUAGAUCGGCCGACCAGGGAGCGGCCUGCUCGAUUGGAUGACGAGAAGACUUCCACAUCAGAGGACACGAAAGAAAGGCCUACAUUAAAAGCACCGCGUACCAGAAAGCACACCUUCUGUGCACUCCAAUGA